AUGAGUGCCUGUUGGCCAUUUGCACCUCUUCGACCUGUGUUUUUUCGGUCUAUUAUCUUUCAGUAUCAUCAUCCAAGGCUUCCGAAUAAAUCUUUACUACCUCGACAUCAACUUUCCAACCAUUCAACUGCCGAGAUACAACCUCUGGAUGCAGAAGAAAGGAUAUACCACCCUCAGUCAGACGUGGAGGACCUAGAGGGAUACAGGCCUGGCGGAUACCAUCCAACUGUUAUCGGAGAGACUCUUUGCGAUGGCCGCUAUGAGAUAAUCCACAAGUUGGGAUACGGGGGUUAUUCCACCAUCUGGCUUGCUCAUGACCAACAACGCCAGCGUUAUGUCUCACUGAAGAUUCUUGUUGCAGCAGCUUCAAGGGACAAUGCUGAUAACGAGAGUAAGAUUCUUCGUCUAUUGUCAAAAGGUGGCCUGGAGCAUCCCGGAAGGCGAUUUAUACCAACCUUGCUUGACCAGUUCUCAUUUGAUGGGCCUAACGGGCAUCAUCAAUGUCUUGUUGGCGAACCAGCUGGGUGUAGCAUAGCCAGCUCAAAGGAGAACAGUACAAAUCUCAUGUUCCCUCGAGACGCUGCAAGAUCUAUUGCGGCCCAGCUCGUCAUGGGUCUGGACUAUUUACAUGCGAAUGAUAUAUGUCAUGGGGACCUCCAUUUGGGCAACUUUCUUCUUCGUGUCCCAGAAUUUGAUAACCUGAGUCCCGAUGAACUGUACGAACGCCAUGGUAAACCAUACGAGGUUCCUACGCAUCGGCUUGAUGGAAGGCCUAGCACCCCCCAUGCACCAUUGCAUGUUGUUUAUCCUAUGAAACAGAACAUGCCUUCGAACGAGAUAACAGAUCCUGAGAUUCUAAUUUCAGAUUACGGGACCUCGUUUGCUGUUUCGAAAACGACGUCUCCAAGACUCCAUACCCCGGCUCUUUAUUCUCCUCCAGAAGACUUCUUCAACGACAGCAUCAUCGGCACCGCAGCAGAUGUAUGGACACUGGGAGUAGUCCUGUACGAUGCCAUGGGUGAACGACCACUUUUUGAAACGUUUGCAUGGGAUCCAGACGACAUCAUUGGUGAGAUGGUGAAUACACUUGGCUACGAACAGAUGCCAGAACGAUGGUGGAACUCCUGGAAGUGUCGCUCUGAGUUCUUCAAUGAGGACGGUUCCUGGGUCAGCGAUUUCCGGCGCAUUGGCACACCUGCGUUCCGCCGUCUUCACCAGCGGAUGUGGGACAUGGGACGUGGAGAGACUCCCGAAAGUUGUCAAUGGGAUGUUGCUGGUGGUGAGCUUAAGGCGUUGGAGGAUAUGUUGAGAUCUAUGAUGACUUUUGAACCAGCCCAAAGACCAACGACGAGGCAGCUUCCGGCCUCGGAGUACAUAGUCAAAUGGGCCUUGCCAGCAUGGCAGGAACAGAUGCAAAGGAAGCACUAA